AUGAGGCUCCGAACGUUGCAACAGGUGGGCCACCACGAGAAGGCGGUCACGCUCGUCGAUAGCUCAGAGACGCAAGACGAGCACAAUCCGCAUUUGGGUGCUACUGAUAUUGUGCUCGUCCCUCACCCAUCCAAUGACGUGAACGACCCCUUGCGAUUCCCAAAGUGGAAGAAAUGGACGAUCUUUGGCAAUGUCAUUCUUCUUACCUUUGUCUGCAACUUUUGGCUGGGCGGUCUAGCUCCUGGAUUCUAUUUGCUGAGUCUCGAAUUUAAGAUCGGCACCUCUCAAGCAACAGGUUUGUUGACUUGGCCGCUGCUGGCAGCCGGACUAUGUAACUUCUUCUGGGUGCCCACCGCAGACUACAUCGGUCGAAGACCUGUUUUUCUCACCUGCGUCAUCGCUAUGUUCGCUUGUGAGAUAUGGGCUUCAGUGGCCACUUCGUAUACAGGUCUCCUCGCAUCGAGAACUAUCGGGUCUUUCUUCUCGUCCUGCCACGAGGCUUUGGGACCUGUCAUCGUCAACGAUAUUUUCUUUCUCCAUGAACGGGGUCAAAAAGUGUCGAUUUUCGUGCUGGGAAUCUAUCUGGGAAACUCACUGGGCACGGUUAUAUCAGGAUUUAUUAUUCAAGGAAUUGGCUGGCGAUGGACAUCCUGGCUCAGCGCGAUUCUCUCUGGUAUAAACAUCAUUGGCAUCGUUUUCUUUCUUCCAGAGACGCGAUUUAAUCGGACCCUGGACAACGAGGCCGAUCAAACUGUCUCAGCAACGCACCAGCCAAAAGAAGAUCAUGAGUACAAAGAAGAAGCCGCCAUAGAGGAAUUCAGUGCAACCCCGGUGCUGGUGGGCCAGAAGAAGACCAUGUGGCAGGACAUGAAAAUUUUCUCAGGUGUCGCCAGUCACUCAUAUGUGACCCAUCUAAUCCGGCCAUUCCCGUUGCUGUUCUACCCGUCGGUUGCUUGGGGCACCUUUGUGUUCCUCGUCAGUCUUGCAUGGCUCAUGGCUGCCGGCUCUCUCAGCUCGUUUAUCUUUCAAGUCCCUCCGUACAACUUUGGACCUGGAGUGAACGGUCUAGUCCAGCUCGCCGGAUUAAUUGGAAAUCUAGUGGGCGCUUUCUUCGGCGGACAGCUAAGCGAUCUCUAUGUACGAUACGACGCGCGCCGUCGCGGAGGUAAAUUCCUUCCCGAAUCGCGCCUCAUCUGCCUUGGCUUCGCCGCAGUCAUAUGUCCUGUUGGAAUUCUCUUGUUCGGAAUCGGAGCUCAACACCACUGGCACUGGGCGAUUCUCUAUGCGGGAUACGGCUUCGUGAGUGUUAUGCCUAACAUAGCCAUCAUUGCAAUGACCUAUUCGGUCGAUUCGUAUUUUGAGGUAGCGUCCGAGAUAUUGCUCCUCAUGAACGGAUUGAAGGCUAUUGGCGCAUUUGGGUUCUUUUACGGAUUCAUCCCCUGGACUGCCAGCGUUGGGUACUCCGCGGCAUUCUGUACAAUGGCAGGGAUCUGGUGGUUUGCUCUGCUUCUCGCCGUUCCGAUGUACUUCUUUGGACCACGGAUCAGAAACUACACCAUCGACCACUUCAAGAUCGUGCUGAUCUAA